AUGGAUCACGGCCACAUGGAUCACGGCCACAUGGACCACGACAUGCCCGGCAUGGACCAGGGUCACAAGUGCAACAUGAACAUGCUGUUCACUUGGGACACGACCGACCUCUGCAUCGUUUUCCGCAGCUGGCACGUCAGCGGCACCUUCUCGCUCGUCGUUGCCCUCGUCGGCAUCAUCCUGCUCACUGCCGGUUACGAGGCAGUGCGCGAGGCGUCUCGGCGGUACGAAGCUCACUCGAGCAAGGCGCUUGAGGGACGGCGAGGUGGUGACGAUCUUCGAGUCCAACGCGCGAAAGAUGUGCACACGACCGAUGAAUCGAGCUCAUUGCUUCACUCAGGAAGAAAUGCGGGGAGCAACGCGGAGCGGCAGGCCAAGCUUGUCAAGGCGGCGCUGUAUGCUGUGCAAGUCUUCUAUUCAUUCUUCAUCAUGUUGUUGUUCAUGACAUACAAUGGCUGGAUCAUGCUGGCUGUUGCUGUUGGAGCAUUUGUCGGUUACUUGCUCUUUGCAAACUCGAGCCCUACGAGGUCGGCUGCUUGCCACUAG